AGACUGUUCCAAGAUGGCGGCGGGUUGCUGUGGGGUGAAGAAGCAGAAACUGUCCAGUUCGCCCCCCUCCGGCUCGGGUGGUGGUGGUGGCGCCUCCUCCUCCUCUCACUGCAGCGGGGAGAGCCAGUGCCGAGCCGGGGAGCUGGGACUAGGAGGCGCCGGGACGCGGCUCAACGGACUGGGCGGGCUGAGCGGCGGCGGCGGCAGCGGCGGCGGCGGUGGCUGUCCCCUCUCUCCCCCUCAGGGCUGCGGCGGCGGCGGCGGCGGCGGCGGCGGCGGCGGCAGCGGCAGCGGCGGCGGGGGCAUCUCGCUGUCUCCACCUCUGAGCUGCGGAGUGGGAACCCUACUUUCUACUCCGGCCGCCGCCACCGCCUCCUCGCCGUCCUCCUCGUCCUCAUCCCCCGGCUCCCGGAAGAUGGUGGUGUCAGCGGAGAUGUGCUGCUUCUGCUUCGAUGUGCUCUACUGUCACCUGUACGGAUACCAGCAGCCCCGGACCCCCCGCUUCACCAACGAGCCCUACCCACUGUUUGUAACAUGGAAGAUUGGUCGAGACAAAAGACUGCGUGGAUGCAUAGGUACCUUUUCUGCCAUGAAUUUGCAUUCAGGACUCAGGGAGUACACACUUACCAGUGCCCUUAAAGACAGCCGUUUUCCACCAAUGACAAGGGAUGAGCUGCCAAGGCUUUUCUGCUCGGUGUCUCUGCUCACUAACUUUGAAGAUGUUUGCGACUAUUUGGACUGGGAGGUGGGUGUGCAUGGCAUUAGAAUAGAAUUCAUCAAUGAAAAAGGAUCAAAACGCACCGCCACCUACCUACCGGAGGUUGCAAAGGAGCAAGGAUGGGACCAUAUUCAGACCAUAGACUCAUUACUGAGAAAAGGAGGAUACAAAGCUCCAAUUACUAAUGAAUUCAGAAAAACCAUAAAGCUGACCAGGUACCGUAGUGAAAAGAUGACCUUGAGUUAUGCUGAAUACCUUGCUCAUCGCCAGCAUCAUCAUUUCCAAAAUGGCAUCGGGCAUCCCCUUCCGCCAUACAACCAUUAUUCCUGACACUGAGCCGCACAACCAGUCACUGGGCCUCUCUGCAGACCUCUUCCCAGGAGACCCUACACCUUCUUGGUCUAGCUAUCUCUUUUACUGUACCAUUUUAUGAUGAUAGUUUCCGUUGCCAUGGUGAAGCUUCGACAUUGUUAGUUAAGAGCAUCAUGGUAACGGGUAGGACAAUGGCAUUUGUUAAGAAGAUCCUGUUUUAUUAUUUUAGAUCACUGAAUUUUUUUUUCAGCACAUACAGCUUUUGAAGUUUUCUUUCCUUACAAUAUUAGGUAUCUUUUUUUGCUUUGCUAUCUCAGACAGGUUUCUGUCUUUCUUUGUUCCUUUUUUUCUUCCUCCUUCCUUCUUUUGACUGUGGAUGGAAGAAAGUAUGCUGUUUCUGAGGGUUUAUUAGAUUUGUCUUUAGUAUUCUUCGGUAAGAUUGUCAUUUUUUGAUAGCUGAGUUGGGGAUUAAUUCUUAACAAAUUCAGGUAUUUGUAUAUUACUCAUGAAUUUGCCUAAAAUUCUAUUUGCUAUGACAGCUUAGUAUUUGGGUCAAGUACACAUUUUUUCCCAUGGUUGAAAUGAGUGAGCUUUAGAGUAAGUAAUGAACAUUCAGAGGUCCAUGAUAGGACUUGUCACAGAGAGCAAGGAACUGUUUACGCCUUCUGUGCUUCUGUGUUACUGUAGAAGAGACUGCCUCAUGUUAUAGAACAAUUUACAACCUACAACACUGUUUUAGAAAAGCAUAAGCUACCUUUCAAAUGGGCCGCGGAAAUCAUUGUGAAAGGCAGCAUAUAUUGGGAAGAGAUUAGAUGCAGAACUUAGUGCCUUUGAGAAGACUAUAAUUAAGUCAAAUUAAGAGGGGUUUAAAAAGGCAAUUUAGAGAAUAUUCUUAUAAAAUUUUAUUGUUUCUAUAUAAGAAACAACAGAUUACACAAAUUCCUUACUCCAAAGUAUUUUUUUAGCUGAAAAAAAUUAUUUUGAGCAAAUAACCAAAAAGACAUUUGUCUAUUUUGUAUUCAUUUAAAUUUGUUAGCUUUAGGUUUCAAUGAGUCAUAAUUGGCCAGAGACAACUUUAGCUACUAAGACAUGAUAAAGAUAAUCUAGUGAAACAAAAGUUCAUACAUACUAUGAUUUCAAAUUUGUCUAUCACAGAGACAAUGCUGAGUUUCAGAGAUACUACAAAGAGUUUGAAUCUCUUUCUGCACUACAGCCUUUUGAUAGAAACACAUUUCUGUGUUGACAGAUAAUAUGGUAGACCUGUAAAGAUGGCAUUCAGAUAUGUUAAUUAGAGCCUAGCUCAUUUGCAGGGCUAUACUUCCCAUGGCACAAAGAAAACUUACUGAUGUCAAUGGGAAACCCUUUUGUUUAUCCCCAGGAAAACUCAUGAUGAUUCUGGCAAAAGAUGACCUUUGUUUUAUGGUAGUAUAUAUAUAGGUAUAUAGAGAUAUAUAUAUUUGGGAAAUAUAUAAUUUUUUCAAACAGGAAGUCAUUAGAACAAGUGGUGAGUGAAAUGCUGCAGAAUGUAUAUUCUACAACUAUGACAUACCGCUAAUUAUUGAAAUAGUCAAGCUUAUACAUUUAAUUGCUGUGACAAGUGACAGACUGGUAGUUCAGAAAAUCCUUGUCUAGUUUGUAAUUGGCUGAAUUCAUUGUCCUUGCCAUCAGGGCAAAGUACACAGCUUCAGUUUUUGAGAGUUCUUUGAAGUUUGGUAUUUCUUCAUCCACAGAAUCCAUUGUUGACGUAUCCAUUUUCAGUUAUGAUGCCUUAACUAAGAAGCUACUUGCUAGCCUGAAAGACAGUCUCAGUAGCCAGUUCCAUUGAAUACAGAGAAAACAUAAGCUGCUGAGCUUUAGCAUGGGCUUCUAAGUCCCGUUGUUUCUCCUUGGACACACUUUGUGGGUGGAUUAGUCUUUCAGUAUAGAAGCAAGCUGCUACCUGACAUUUUCUUGCCCUUAUAGGGAAAGUGAGCACAAGCUGAAUGAUAUUGUCUGCUAGGAAAAGAGAGAGCGAGCGAGAGAGAGAGACAGAGAGAGAGAGAGACAGAAAGACAGAGACAGAGAGAGAGAAGAAAGGAAAGGGGAGAAAGAAAAGAAAAGGAAAGAGAAACGGAAAAAAGAGAAGUAAAGAUAACAUAGAAACUGAAGAGAGACAGACUAGACCAAUCUUGUUGUGAAAUCCAUCUACUCCAUCAUCUCAUCAUUUCAGAGCUCCUCAGCCCGGGGGAGCGUACGGCUAGUUUUUUGUUGUUGUUGUUGUUUUUAAAGAAAAGAUCUAUCACAUACAUAUAUGCGUGUAUGUCUCCAUAUACUUACACAUGCAUACAUGCAUAUGUGUGUGUUUAUGUAUUUAACGGUGCUAAUCAAUCUUGAGCAGGUCACGUGACUGGUCAUGCGGACUCUAAAAUCAUAUCAGAUUUUUUAAAAAAUCCUUGAUAUAUGCAGAUAUUAUACAGAUUUUCUUACCGGUGUAAUAAUGUUCUACUGAAGAAUAACCAUCCUGCAGGCUUCAAAGGACGAGGUCAGCAAUAUUUCCCACCAUGGCUUGGGGGGAAAGGAUAGUUUUGUCUCCUUUUGUAUUCAAGUUGAUGCAUAGUGCAUUUUUGUGUCUAAGUAGCUGUUGACUAAAAGACUUUGUAGUGUAAAGGGUGUUAUACAAACUAUAAUGGUGUGCUUCAAACAAACCAAUGCUAGGCCCUUUCACUCUUGUUGUAUAUGACAAAGUUGUUAAAUAUGUGGUUUGAAAUAACUUUGAACAUGUGGAAAUAUGUAGCAUGUGUCUUUAACUCAGACAAAGAUUCUAAUUGCACAAGUUGUGUUCUAGCCAGUUGUGGUUUAUUUGUUCAGAAACACAAAUGUGAAUUGUACUCUUUAUCACCAGAAUAUUGUAUGAGUUCCGUGAUCUUUAAACAGCUCAGAAGUAAUACUUGAACUUCAUUUGAAUAGCACAAAGUUUACAGAGCCCCUUUUAAAUGUUAAUUAGUUCCAGUUAAGUUUUCCUUUAAUUUUUUCUUUUUUUUUUUUUUUUCUUUUUUCAAAUGCAACUGGGUAUUUUCUUGGAAAACAAUGUGUAGUUUAUUUUUGGUAUGUAGCAAAAGGCUUCCAAUUCUGGAAGGUUUUAUUGUUCUUAAACAAGGUCAGCCAGGUACCAGAUUCUAAAAAGAACAAUUGCCCCCCCCCUCAAGUGGCCUUCUGAUUGCACGAAUGUGCUACUCCCCUCUCCAAUCCCCCCUCCCUUGAGGAGGUCAGUGAAAGUGAUGGAGGAAGUGCAAGGCUUGCUCUCCCCUCCCCUCCCCUCCCCUCCCCCCCACACCUCACCUAGGAUGUCCACUCCAAUGCAAAUGGUUCCAUUGCACACACAGCACACCGCACACCGGGAAGUUUGUAUACUGGCCUCUUUUCCUGUCUUCAAAUGUGCAAGAAUUUGAAAGUGUCAUCUGGAAUAGGUUCCAUCUCUUAUGUGUGUUAGAGCAAACCAAAGAAGCCCCCAGCCAUGCCCAAAUGCUGCUCCAAAAGCCUGCCUUCCAGUCCUUACAAAAACCUUGCAGGAUUAAAUGUGUUAACUUUUUUAUUUUUGUACAGUUUCUAAGUGAUUUUUUGCUAGUGAUGUUAAACUGAAUUAAGUUUAUUUGAGGAGUGUGAGCACCUCCUCCAUUUAAAUAAACUGGUGACUUUCCUUUUCUUUUUUACAAGUGGAAACCCAUUGUGUGCCUCUCGAUUUAAGGGUUUCUGAUUACAUUUAUUCUUAAGACCAGCAUUGAUCCUUUAUAUACAAAGAUAUGUUUUCCUUGUUUUUUAUUACUGUUUCAGAAGAAAAUGAACCUUUUAUUUUGCUCCAGACCCAGUAACUGCGCUGGUACUUAGACGCACUGAGAAAAAAAAAAAAACAAAAUAAAACAAACAAACAAAAAAUACUUUUGUAAGCACCUCUGACCGCUUUUGUAUAUCAAAGUUGAUUACUUUUGAGAUAUUUGGAUCUAGUUUCUAAGUUAUUUUAGUGUUUUAUAUGUUUCCCAAAAUUCCUUUGAAUCGGUCACCAGCAUAAAGAGUUUUUGGUGAUGCAAUGGUGAGACUUGUAACAAGCAAAAAGCUACCUGGAGUAGCUCUCUCCUCCCUUCUUAGUAACCUGGUGUUUUGAUUACAGUGAGACAUCACAGGUUAUCUAAAAGCCCUUCGUUAUAACCAGCUCCUCCCUCCCUCCUUCCACACUGAAUUGCUUACUAGUUUGAAGAAGUUAUUGGAAGUGGGCAUUUUAUAUGACAUGUAUGGCUUUAAAAUAUUAAAAAUGAACAAAAAAAGAGAAAAAUAUGAAAAGGUUUAUGUGGGUCUGUAAGGUAUGGCUGUGGAAAGACAUUGUAGUAGCUUUGACACUAUUGUUAUUACCCAAUAAAAUGUUAAAAAUGAA